AUAGCAACGGCUGUCAACAGACAAGACAUUAUACACCCAGUUUGUACAGAGAUCUGGUACGUUUAUCCACGUCAGAACCUAACAGGCAUGAUGUCUGAAAUAUACAUAUCGAGUGCGGAGUCGGAAAUAUUAAAAGGAUAUUCAUUUAUUCCGUACAAUGUUUAAUUCUAGUGGAGUGGGGGGAAAUGUGAUAAAUGCGGUGAAUCGAUAACAACUUUCAUAACAAGUUACAUUCUGACAAUAUUCACAAUGAUUGAAAGGACGAUAAACAACCUCUCUACUUGGAUUAUCCAGGAAACAUCACAAAAUAUCUCGACCCUGGUUUUCCGCAUACAAUCUUGGAAUGUUCCUUAAUUGAACCAACUCUGGUUUGUAACACAUGAAUAAGAUGGCCGAUCAGGAUGACCAUUACGAGAUGUCUUGGAUUCUUUAUUAUAUCCUGGACAGGUAUAUAGGGAGCCGGAAGAUGGUGGCCGUCAAGAGGAAGCUGACACUUGUGGGGGAGCAAAUAAAGAAUUAUAGGAAAAUUGGAGCUAAAAUAGUUUAUGUAGGAAGUUUGGCAGAGGGAAUCGAGAUGAAGGGCUCGGAUCAAGAUAUGAUGUUUGUUCACAAUAAUGUGAUAGUGAUGUACCCUGAUCAGUACACAAGUAUUCCUCUGGACAGGACGAAAACUGUUGUAAUGAUGCGAGAUGCUGACAGUCGACCUGGUUAUGUAAACCUUGAACUAGUUAAAUUGGGACAGCAAUUCAGUCCACACUUCACACAAAGCAUUGUUCAAGUUGGGGAUGUACUUUUCGUUUCAAGUGAGAUGUAUUCACGGGCUAUUGCUGAUACAUUCAGUGCUUUUAUAAACAUAACGUUAGAAUCACAUGGACCAGCUCAUACCAUGAAGAAUAAACAGAGUGACUUAGGAACUGAUGUAGAUCAAGUAUACUCUUUUCUAUGUACUAGUUGGCCACGGGAAGCUAAUGAGUGGGUGAGUAGGACUCGUUUGCAUGAAUGGCCAGGAUAUAAUUUGAGAGAUCAGAUAGUACAAGGCGGUUGUCAUCUUGUCCCUGUAGGGGAUAAAACAUCUCCUGACACAUUCCUACAAUGGCGGAUUUCAUUCGUAUGCGCCGAAAGGAAACUUAUCCAUUCUCUCAGUCAUGUCCAGUUUUUAGUUUAUGGACUUCUGAAGUACUUCCUCAAACAAAUAUCAGACAAGUUUGAGCAGCAAAUUGUGGAUGCGGAUAUCAUUUCAUCCUAUAUUAUAAAAACAACUAUAUUCCAUGCAGUAGAAAGUACACCCUAUUCGUUGUGGCAAGAAAGAAAUAUAUUUUUUUGUUUCAUGUUGUGCUUCAACAUUUUGAUUGCUUGGGUGAAUACAGGACAUUGCCCAAAUUACUUCAUUAAAAGUAACAAUAUGUUUCUUGGCAAACUACAUGGUGAAAUUCAACAAAACCUCCUUCGUAUACUUAUAGAGCUCCAUGAUAAGAAAUGGAAAUGUCUUUCAGUUGGAACCUUCAUACAACCAUCUUUAGGAUUACGAAUCAACAGUGUGCUAAAUGGAGAAUGGGAAUAUGCAUUACCUCCACCGACACAGUCAGAACGGGAAUGUGACAUGGAAUUAUUCUAUUCAUCACUUACAAUUGAUAAUCGGUCUGCUUCACUUCCUGUUGCACUAACACUACUGUGUAAUUCAAAAUCAGACAUCGAUGAAUUCAUAGCUUACAUCUCUACAGUACUUGCAUUGUCUUAUACAGGGAUGGAUACAUUCGAGAAACAUGUUGCUGCUGAAGGAAACAAAGCAAAAUACAAAUAUCUUCGGAAAUGCAGAAACCUUCUGGCACCUCUUUCAUCAGUGUGUACAAGUCCAGGACAGCUUACGUUGGCAACAUAUUACUACCAAACUGGAAAUUACAUGAAAGGACUAGAGAUAUGUAAAAACAUGAUAUCGUCAUUCAAAAUUUAUGUCGGUGCUGGAACUUUUAAAGGAAAAGACAGAUAUGAACAUCUCUAUUGUGGGCGUGGUUACACCCUACUACACAAAUGCCAGGAGGUAUGUGCAUCGCCAAUGAAGUUUAAACAAACUCAUUUAUCGUUUUAUCCAUCCGAGAUACACAAGGAGUUGACAAAAAUACACGAUUAUGAUGAACUUAUUAUCCCCCCACUCACUUAUGCUGUGUUUCUGUCCUUUUUGUGUUAUCAUGAGCUCGGUGAUACCAGAAGACGUCACGAAGCAUUAAUUCAUCUUCGGGCCUUGAAAUAUGACGAGGAACAGGGAGGUUGUAAGCACUGGAUAGUCCAAAAUAUAUUGGGGAUAUGUUAUGAAGUGGUUGGGGACAGAAGCAGAGCUCUCAGGGAAUAUAGGAACUCCCUUCGUGGCUUUAAAAUGUUACAAUAUCAAAACCCUGCCAAGGACAGUAUCGAACGAUUGCAACGUUCACAAUAACGACAGAUAUCGAAGCACCAAUGUGAAUCAAGGACACUACAGGAAAAGCUUCCAACCAAACAUUCCGGGAACAAAGACAAUAAGGUCACAUAAAUCAGACGUAACAGAUCUUUGUUGAUGUUAAAUCAGUUUACUCGGUCCUAUGUUACACUGCUCAUGGUUCAAUAUACUGCCAUUUGUUAUGUUUUAUUUACAUAUUUGUAUUGCUGUAAGUGUAUAGUUUUCACUAUUUUACACUCAACUGAUGAAAAUGGCAAAUUGAAUAAUGUGUAUGAUCGAAGAUAAUUGGAAUGAAGUCUUGGAACCAUUGUUGCAAAAAUAAUGCAUGACAAAGGAUCACCAGCCGAACUACAAAGUGUAAUAACAUAGUAUUAUAUCAUAUAAAAUAAAACAAUAUGAUUUCUAGAUAUGUGUUGUUUUGUAAAUAAUUCAUGACAUUUUGUGUCAAAUUCUGGGUAUCCUGGUGUUUGAUCUUUCAAGCUGGUAUCAAGUAUCAGUUAUUUAUUUACAAUUGUGAUAUUAACUAUGUUUUGGUUGUGCAUCCCCUUUUGUUAUGGCCAUCGUUUAUGGAUUAUUCGGAUUCAGCAAAGUGGCAGAUUUUGCACAAACUGAAAAUUGUGCGCAAUGAGGAAACAUUCGGUUUCAAUGGUAGACUUUUUAAGUGCACAGCAAUAUUAUCAUAUAAUCAUACUGACUGAAUACCAGUAUGGAUAUUUGCACAAAUUAAAUGUGUUAAUAUUGUGUUUUAAAUGUAUCUCCUUGAUGGUACUGCUUGCCGCUUUUCUUUAACAAACGCAAUUGAGCCAAACUGGGUUUUGUUAAUCUGUUUAAUGUUACAGAGAAUAAGAACUAUGUAUGUGUCGUUCCUCUUCGUAUCCCUGACAGUGUGUGUAGUGUUUGUUUACACCCACAUGGUACUGUAGUCUUUAUCAUCCUCAACCCCUCAACCCCAUCCACAACCCCACCCCCACCCCCCAACCUCAACUUUUGAAUUUUUUAUC